AUAAAAGAGAAUUCCUUUCAUAUAAAUUAAUCGCAUUCUGUCCAAUAAAAUAUAAUUAUCUUGCCAGAGAUCGUAGUGGUGGACAACGUGACUCCCUGCAUACUUAAGCAGGAAUGCCUUAAUAAAUAAGAACAAUUAAGCAAAACUGUGUUUCUAAUACACAACUCAAGGACCUUCCCACAUGGAUUCUCUGGACUUGGCUCACACGCCAUCUUUCAGGAAGAACCCAACAACGGAAAGGAUAUGGGAGCUAAUUCAGUCAUUGGACAACGAGAAGAUUUGCUACGACCACUUCACUUUCAUGACACUUAAGGUCGAAGGUUAUGGAAUAGACUCUCUGUCAAGUUUCUUCAUGAAUUACGGAUAUAAAAUAGGAGGUGGCCUUGAUUUUCCAAAGAAGAAACUACGAGGUCUCUGGUUUUCUCCUCCCGAUGUUAUCGUCCCCGAUGAUGGCCACGGCCUAGGCAACGGACCCUUACCCCGACUUGUUAUGGGUGAGAUUCUUGUGGAUGAACUAAGCCCUGAAUCACAGGCGAUAAUAAGGAAGUAUCUGAAACCAGAAGGUGGUAAGCAAGCCCUUCUUUCAAGUAUUCUUGGGUCUUUAAUAUGGGAGAAGCCAACAUGGAGCGAGUUCAAGCAAAUUGCCGAAGAAAAUGAAUUGGCGGCUUGGGCGUUUAUCAAUGGCUACACGAUGAACCAUCUCGCAUUUGCUGUUCAUCGACUUAAACACCGUUUUAGUGAUAUCAAAUGCAUCAUACAAUAUCUAAAGGAACAUGGAUUUGAUCUUAACCAUGACGGAGGAGUUCUCAAAGAAAAGCUACCAGUAGAAUUUGCAGACGGUGUAACCAAAUUAGUCCCUGCUUCAUACAUUGAAUUCACUGACCGCCUAGUUCUGCCACAGUUCAAAGAUUUGCCUUAUGAUCAGGUACGCUAGAUCCUAAUUCUAGGACUGUUUAUAUAGGAGGAAUUGCUAUUGCACAAGGUCGUCAAAUUAUUAAACAUUUUAAAAUCCU